AUGUGGUCUCUUCUCUCCAUCAUUGCCUAUAUCUGUUUCUUACCCAUUCUUUGCCUCUUUCUGAUCAAAUUCUAUGAAGGUGUUUGUGUCGCCACUGUUCGAGAUACCAAAACAAGAAAAGCCAUUCGACACUCGCUCACCAUUUGGCAAUCUCUCAAAUUACUCCUCUUCAAUCAUGAUCAACCCUUACCAGAGAAAUUGUUUCAAAUUGCCAAAACCUUCCAUUUUGAACCUUUCAUCUUUUACAUGAAAGGUUUCAUUCCCACUGUCGUCUUCUCGGAUAAUCAUGCAGCAAAAACCAUUCUCAUUGAGAAAUGGAAAAGUUUUGAGAAGAAUACUCAACUCUUGAAUCCCAUGCAGAAAUCUUUCAUUGGAAAUGCACUCGUGUUCAUGAAUGGUGAGGAAUGGCAUGCAAAUCGUUCCGUAUUGAAUCCUUCCUUCCAACAUGUAGAAAAGUAUUGGGCCGAUAUGUGUGAAUGUAUUGUGAAAUGUGUCUCCAAUAUUGAAAUGUAUGGGACUCAACUCUCUUAUGAACCUCAAGCUGAAAAAAGUUACAAGAUUAAGAUUAAGGACAUGCUCACACGUCUCGCUCUGGAUGUGAUUGGACUGAGUGCUCUCGAUUGUGAAUUCAAAUACUUGGAACCAGUCGACAUGAAUCGAGUGGAAAAGUAUGAAAAAAGUCUUGAAGGCCUUUCGUUAUCUGUUCAAACAUAUAAUGCCAAAUUGGCAGAAGCGAUGAAUACCUUAAAUUCCUUCAUCUAUUCCCUCAUUGAGGAGAAGAGAGAAAAGUUUAUUCCAUCGUCCAAGACAGAUCAGCAACUUGGAACCAGCAAUGUUGCUGCUACAACCACCUCUACGACCAUCACUCUCACAUCUGAGGAAAUUAUCGGAACUCCUCAUCGAGAGAAGAGUGCCAUUGAAACACUUCUCCUCAAAUACUAUGAAUUUGAGAGGACCUCCUCUGAAACUCCUUCCAAGCAACAAGUCAUGAAUCAAAUUUCAUUUCGAAACUUGAGAGAUGAUGUCUUGCUCUUGUACAUUGCAGGACAUGCCACCACUGCAGAGGCUUUGAGUUUUCUCUUGUUCCAUUUGGCUCAAUAUCCUCAUGUACAGGAACGAUUGGUCGAUGAAUUGAAAAAGAGUUUUCUGGGAGAGAAAUUCUCAAAGAAUUCUCAUCUCGCUCAUGAGUCAUGUCAUGUCUUGAUACGAUCUGUGGAUGAUAUUCAUCGCAUGAAUGAGGAAUUGUCUUACUUGGAUGCCGUGGUGAAUGAAAGUUUGAGAGUGGUUUCUCCUUUAGGAAUGUUGAAUCGUUUGAGUUGUGAGAAUCAAGUGGUGGAAGGUUUGAAGAUCCCAAAAGACUACUCAGUUUCACUCUUGAUCAAAGCCAUUCAUUGCAAUCCACAAAUCUGGGGAGAGGAUUGUGAAAAGUUUGAUCCAGAGCGAUGGAUUCGAAUGAAACAACAGCAACACGUCUCGAGUCACGUAUUCUCGACUGUGAAAGGUGCUGCUGGCACUUCACCUUCCACAUCUCCAGUGAAUGUUGAAUUACCUCAAACUUCUGAAAUAUUCAAUAUGGGAGAAGAUAUUCCUCAUCUUCCAAAAUCUUCAAAGGAAGCUGUCACCACAAGUGUUCCUUCCCAAAAAGAAGAUGAUGAGAAGAUCAAGAUGAAGAGAGAAUCUGCCUCUUCAGAAGCUUCCACCAGUGAACAAUUGUUGAAAACUUCAUCUCCUCAUUCCAUGAUUUGUUCCUUUCUUCCAUUUGGUGCUGGAGCGAGAGUGUGUUUGGGACAGAAAUUCUCUCUCCAAGAACAAAAACUCUUCCUGAUUCACUUAUUGAGCAAGUACAAAGUGUCGUUUGUUUCUGAGAGUAUUAUGAAGAAGAAGAAGGAAGUUUCAUUUGAGGCACAAGCAUCUGCCAGUCAGAGCACGACUCCAGCUCAACCCAUGACCAAGAUGAACCUAUUGGGAACUGCUCCAAUCUUUAGUUUGAGCGACGAUACGAAACUGCUCUUCACAGAGAGACAUAUUGAGAUGUAUUUGGAAUAUCACUUGUAUGAGGAAGACUUUGAUAAGAAACAUAUUACGGAGGGAAUGAGUGUCGGUGACACUGGAGUUGGGUUGAAUGCCGAUGAAGAAAUUCCAAGCACGAGUCGAGAGCAUCAUCCUUUGGAUAUCAUUCAUCAGGUCGAUACUUAUUAA